AAAUAAAUCCACAGCUCCUGCAAAGCCAACUCAUUUUCAUGCCGUUGUUUCCCAGUUUAAGAUUCAACAUGAGAUUUCGACAGGAGAGCUGGCUUGCUGCUCUUUUAUGUCUCCUCUCUAUGGGAGGUGAAGUUUGGUGUAAUUGCACAGCGCAAAAUAUAGAAAUUGCUGGAGGGAAUUACAAAUUAACCAAGGAGCUGCUGACAGGCAGCACGUUGAUCUACAACUGUCCUGAGGGCUACUUUCCAUAUCCGGCUUUGGUCCGCAUUUGCCAGGCUAACGGCGCCUGGAAACCACGACCCAAAACGUAUUUUCCUCAGAAAUGCAAACUUGUUGAAUGUCCAGAUCCUAAUGUGCUAGAGAAUGGAAACGUCUCCCCUCCUCAGGAGAAGUACUUUGUGGACAACGAGACCACAUAUGAGUGCUACUCUGGAUACAGAAUGCGAGGCUCACCCAAGCGUGUUUGCUUACCAAAUGGAAAGUGGAGCGGCUCCACUACCAUCUGUAGCCAUGACGCUGGAGAUGACUGCGCUGAUCCCGGUAUCCCAGCUGGUGCCUCAAGAGCAGGGAACAUGUUUGGAAUAGACGACAAAGUGACAUACAGCUGCAACAGCAACCUGUUUUUGGUGGGGUCAAGUGAAAGAGUGUGUCAGGAGAACGGCCAAUGGACUGGCAUGGAGCCAGAGUGCUAUUACAAACACACCUAUGACACUUCAGUAGAGAUAUCACAGGCCUUUGGCAGUGCCAUCAAAAAUACCCUCACCAAGGAAGAGCCACUUGAUGGCUCACCGGAGGGAAGAAAAUUGAGGAUCUCAAAAGAGGGGACACUUAACAUCUAUAUCGCAGUGGAUGUUUCUGCGAGCAUAGAGGACAAAUACAUCAGUAACACAACGUCUGUUAUCAAAAAACUAAUUCAAAAGAUUUCAUCUUUUACCGUGUCUCCAAACUAUGAAAUCGUCUUUUUCUCCUCUGAAAUAGAGGAAGUUGUCAAUAUUCUUGAUUUCUGGGAAAAAAAAGAUGUUCGAAAAGACAUCCUGGAGAAAUUGGAUACAUUUGGAAUAAAUGACAGAAGUUCUACUGGAACAGAUCUGAACCUUGUCUUUUUUACUUUCUGGGAGCGAAUGUCUUUCAUAAAGACGCGAGUUGGAGCAAACGCCUUUAAGGACCAUCGUCAUGUCAUUAUCCUUUUUACAGAUGGUGCUUAUAAUAUGGGCGGUUCACCUGCACCCACUUUGGCAAGAAUCAAGGACAUGGUGUACAUGAACCAGACUGGUGAAAAAGAGGUUAAUUCAAGGGAAGAAUAUCUUGACGUUUAUGUUUUUGCCAUUGGAGCUGAGACCUUUGAUGACGACCUGAAGUCAUUCACAGUUGGGAAGGCAGAAGAAAAGCAUUUCUUCAAAGUGAAGGGCAUUGACAAAAUGUAUGACGCUUUUGAUGAUAUAAUUGAUGAAAACGAUGUUAAAGGUCUGUGUGGUCUUCACAAGGAGUUUCAGAAAACAGAUGACAAUGAGAAAAGGAGGAAAAUGCAUCCAUGGGGUGCAUUUAUUUCUAUUAGGAAUCCAAACAACAACCACAAGAAUUGCCUGGGUUCGCUGAUUUCCAAAGAAUUUGUCUUGACUGCUGCUCACUGCUUCAUAUUUGAGAAUUUACCUGAGCAUGUCACAGUUGAUUUCUUCGAGAAAGUGAGAAAUCUACAAGUCAAAAAAAUCUUCCUACACCCAAAGUACAAUAUUAAUGCUAAGGUGAAUGAGGGUGUGAAGGAGUUCUACGACUAUGAUGUGGCUCUCAUCUUGCUGAAGGACCCUAUUGAUAUCUCUGUCACUGUUAGACCUAUUUGCAUACCUUGCACCAAGGAGACUAAUACUGCUCUAAAACUGGGUGCUGAUUCCACCUGCAAGGACCAAGAACAGACGCUGUUAAAGAAUCAUCUUGAAAGACUGAGUUUCUUGACCAAAAUCGACCUUAACAAGCUAUACGAAAAAACUGUCAGUGCUAAGAUUGGUGAUAAUAGAGAUGAAUGCAUCAGCUAUGCAUUGCGGGCAAAAGGCAUAACAACAAAUAAUCCCAAAGACGCUGUGACUGACAACUUCCUGUGCACUGGUGGUCAGCAGCCUUUCAGAGAUCAUAUAGCACGAAAAGGUGACUCUGGAGGUGCUGUGUUCAAGAGCUACGAGAACCGCACAAUACAGGUUGCAUUGGUCAGCUGGGGAACAGAGGAAGUGGUCGCUGCUUCCCCUGAUGAGCGCUACGAGUCAACCCCGACCUCCAGAGAUUUCCAUAUUAAUCUUUUCAGAGUUAUCCCUUUUCUCAAAUCUAUCCUUGCAAAUAACACAGACGACUAUUCACCAAUGGAGUUUUUGCAAAACUAAAUGCAUUUGCAUGCUGUCAUUUCUUUUUUUUCUUUUUUUUAAGUAGUCAGCACCAUAGAUCAGAGUUUGUUGUGACAGUGUGAUGUUCCUGCUUGCUUUGCUGAAGAUAUUUAUUAUAUUAUAAUUCUGAUUGUACAAGGCAGAAAAGAUCAUUUACAUUCGUAAUGUGUGUUAAUUACAUCAAUAAAACAAUGCUGAUCCAUGUA